AUGUCGACCGCAACAACAAGACCGCAAUACGUAAUAGAGCAUAUGGAAGAGGACGAGCCAGAUGCACCUUCUGUCUUGCCGCAAUGGGCGCUGCUGGAAUACCGACAUAUGCUCCAACUCGUCGGACCUGGAUCGACGGUGCAUUUUACCUCCUUGUCCCACGCAUCUCUGGAAUCGCUUCGCUCUUUACUCUCCCAGCCAAGCGGGCAGUCUGGUUGCAGGUUUGAGCUGCAUACCGCAUCCAUUACUACGCUUAUGGCAGAACGGAGGAUUGCGAAAAGUGCCGUUUGUUUGCUCGACCCGAGAUCUCGCCAUGCUCUUAGCAUUACAGACGCCGGCAAGCAUACCUCGGACUGCAAGCCGGAUGAGGCAGGUGGGCCCUUUGAAUAUUUCCUCUUUGGUGGCAUCCUCGGUGACGAUCCUCCACGAGACCGUACUGGUUCUCUUCGACAGUUGGCCUUCCCUUCGAGACAUCUGGGUGGGGUGCAGAUGACAACUGAUACCGCUCUCGGUGUUACUAAAAAAUGCGUUCAAGAUGGCUUUCUUCUUGGUUUGAAUGAUACCAAACAACAGGAGAGCGCAUGGGGGGAUACAGCAAAAGCAAAGGGCCAGAUGCAAUGGCUCGACCAUCCCGAACUGCAAUUUGGCCGCGGAGAAAGUGUGGAAAUGCCAUUCAGAUAUAUGGUCGACCAAGCCCGGGGUAGCGAUAGGAAGGGCAACAAGCAACCAUUGAUGCCCGAGGGAAUGAGAGAGUUGAUUAGGAACGACCUGUACUCAAGUUUGCACUUCUAA